AUGAAAGAAGAUAAAGUUUCACCAAAAGAUGCAAAAAUUAUUUCAGCUAUUUUAAGAUCCUCUAAAAUAGAACAAUGUGAACCUAAAGUGAUAGAAUUGUUAUUAGGAUUUGCGUAUAGAUAUUGUAAUGAUGUCUUGGGUGAUGCCAAGAUAUAUUCUAAACACUGUAAUAGAGAAACAAUAUCUGCUCAAGAUAUUAAACUUGCUAUACAAACAAAAGUUAUUCAAAAAAUGCACCCCACACCCUCUAAAAAGUUGUUGCAAUCAACAGCUGAUGCUAUCAAUAAGAAUCCACUAACAUCUGUUGACACUGAGAAUUUACUGAGAGCACCUAAUGUUAAAAGUGGAUUUUAUGGAAUGGAAUAUGAGUAUAAAGAAUAA